GAGAUACAAAUAGAGAUGCAAACUAGCUGUUGGUCAAAGCGUACACGGAAUAAGAUGGAUCUAAGAAUAUUGGUGCCUUUGGAGAAACACAAUGGUACUCUUGUCUACAGUCCUGCAGACCGAAGUCCUGAAUCCUUGCGGUGUGGCAUUAAUAAUGUUGGAUUUGAAGCCAGCCUGAGUGAAUUAUUCCCUCUACCAGUUGGUAUCAGCACUGCACAUAUCAAUAUUGUGGGCAUGACUUGCCAAUCAUGUGUGCAGUCAAUAGAGGGCCAGAUUUCUAAAGAGAAAGGUAUUGUUAGCACUAAGGUAUCUCUCAAAUAUAAUAAUGCAUUGGUAAAGUAUAUACCUACAAUAAUCAGUAGUCAGCAGAUACGUGAGGUGAUUAAUGACAUGGGCUUCGAAGCAUCUCUCACUAAUCAAAAUGGAUCUUCACUUGAGAGGAUGAUUCCUUUACCAGUUGAAGUUAUGGUGAAGAUGAAAGUGGAAGGCAUGACAUGCCGCUCAUGCGUUAGCAAAAUUGAAGGCAAAAUUGGCAAAUUACAAGGUGUAAACAGAGUUAAGGUCUCCCUUAACAAACAGGAAGCAACUGUUGUAUACCAGCCUCGUGUGAUUCAACCAGAAGAGCUCAAAAACCAAAUUAAUGAUUUGGGUUUUCAAGCCACGAUCAAGAGCAGACCAGCUUCUCUGAAACUGGGUGUGAUCAAAUCUACUCAUUCUCAGGAUAGAAUAAGAAAUAAAACCUUGACAUCCAACAACAAAAUGACAAGCAAAUUCAUGACAGUGGCUCUCCACGUAGAGGGAAUGCAUUGCAAAUCUUGUGUUGCUAAUAUUGAAGGAAAUAUCAAAGAGCUCCCAGGUGUACAGAGCAUCAUGGUGUCUCUGGAGAACAAAAAGGUUGUUGUGAAGUAUGAUUCAAUUUUGACUAAUCCAGCAUCAUUAAAAUUGGAAAUUGAAGCUUUACCACCAGGGAAUUUUAAAGUUUAUCUUCCAGCUGAUGUGGAAAUGAAAAAUGUGACUUCAUCAUCAAUUCCAGUUACACCCUUACUACAUCAACCAAACUAUGAUAAUGAAAUGCACUCUCAAAUGACAACCAGCAUUGCAGUAAUUAACAUCAGAGGAAUGACAUGUCAUUCUUGUGUACAGUCUAUAGAGGGCAUGAUUUCCCAACUGAAAGGUGUAAAAUAUGUCAAAGUAUCACUGGCCAAAGAGAAGGGGAUGAUCCACUUUGACCCAGCACUGACAAACUCUGAGGAAUUGAGAGCUACGAUAGAUGAGAUGGGAUUUGUUGCCUCUUUAUCUGAUGUUGGUAGCAUGUGUGAGUCUACUUCAGUCAUUUCAAAUGAACCCUUGAGGCAUUCCACACAUACCAAAGAAGAAGUACUUGCUGUAAGGAAGAAAAAAGUAUUCCCUUCCAGUGAUCAUAUCGUUGAGUUUCUACCUCCCAAGUCCAACCCAGAUGACCAAAAUAAUGAAGCACCAGCCACAACAGCAAAGUGUUUCCUACAGGUUACUGGUAUGACUUGUGCCUCUUGUGUUGCCAAUAUUGAAAAUAAUCUUCAAAAAGAAGAAGGUAUAUAUUCAGUUCUGGUAGCACUAAUGGCAGGUAAGGCAGAAGUUAAAUAUAAUCCAGACAUCAUCCAGCCCACUGACAUUGCUGAAUUGAUCAAAGAUUUGGGCUUUGGAGCUACUGUUAUAGAAGAUGAUGUUUCUUCAGCUGGAAAGUUGGAGCUUAUUAUUACAGGAAUGACCUGUGCCUCUUGCAUUCAUAAUAUUGAAUCGAAGUUAAUGAAAGUUAAUGGCAUCUUGUAUGUAUCAGUAGCCCUUGCCACCAGCAAAGCACACAUUAAAUUGGAUCCAGAAUUACUGGGACCACGUGAUGUCAUCAGAAUGAUUGAGGAGCUUGGCUAUCGUGCUUCUUUAGUCAAAAGAGAUACAACAAUACAUAAUCUGGACCAUAAAGAGGAAAUAAAACAGUGGAAGAGAUCCUUCUUGUUCAGCCUCAUUUUUGGCAUCCCUGUCUUUGGACUAAUGAUAUACAUGAUAGUGCUGGAUAACAAACAGAGUGGCCCCAUGCCUCCUGAACAAAACAUUAUUCCAGGUUUAUCAAUUCUUAAUCUGGCAUUCUUUGUUUUAUGUACUCCUGUUCAGUUUAUCGGAGGUUGGUACUUUUACGUUCAAGCCUACAAAUCUCUUAAGCACAAAACUGCCAAUAUGGAUGUGCUCAUUGUUCUGGCUACCACCACUGCGUAUUUGUAUUCCUGUAUCAUACUUAUUGUGGCUAUUGCUGAAAAGGCAGAACAAAGUCCAAUGACGUUCUUCGAUACUCCACCAAUGCUGUUUGUCUUUAUUGCCUUGGGAAGAUGGCUGGAACAUGUAGCAAAGAGUAAGACUUCAGAAGCACUGGCUAAGCUGUUAUCCCUUCAGGCUACAGAGGCUACAGUCUUAAUACUAGGACCAGGCAACUCAAUACUGGGUGAGGAGCAGAUAGCUGUGGAUCUCGUCCAAAGGGGUGACAUUAUUAAGGUGGUCCCUGGUGGCAAGUUCCCUGUGGACGGAAAAGUAAUAGAAGGCUGUUCUAUGGCAGAUGAAUCUCUCAUUACAGGGGAGCCUAUGCCAGUUGUAAAAAGAGCAGGAAAUACAGUGAUUGCUGGUUCUAUUAAUGCACAGGGUUCACUGCUUAUUCAAGCUACCCAUGUUGGUCCAGAAACAACGUUGUCACAAAUUGUUAAGCUGGUAGAAGAAGCACAGACAUCAAAGGCUCCAAUUCAACAGUUUGCGGACAAGCUGAGUGGAUAUUUUGUUCCAUUUAUCGUUGUUAUUUCUGUGGUUACACUGACUGCCUGGAUCAUCAUUGGUUUUACAAACUUUGACGCCAUUGAAAAGUACUUGUCAGGCUACAGCAAGCAUAUUCCUAAAGCUGAACUGAUUAUCAGAUUCGCAUUUCAGACUUCCAUUACUGUGUUGUCUAUUGCAUGCCCCUGUUCCCUGGGACUGGCUACACCUACAGCUGUGAUGGUGGGAACAGGCGUUGGUGCUCAAAAUGGCAUUCUCAUCAAAGGUGGAGAACCACUCGAGAUGGCACACAAGAUAAAAGUGGUGAUGUUUGACAAAACUGGAACAAUUACACAUGGUGUUCCAAAGGUAAUGAGGGUUCUAGUACUGGCAGAUGUAACUGUACUGCCGUUGAAGAAAUUGCUCGCAAUUGUUGGUACCGCAGAAGCUAGCAGUGAGCAUCCUCUUGGAAAUGCUGUGGCCAAAUAUUGCAAAGAAGAGCUUAGCACAGAUGUCCUCGGUUACUGCACUGAUUUUCAGUCUGUGCCAGGAUGCGGUAUCAGCUGCAAAGUUACUAAUGUUGAAACAAUUGUGAUGAAAAGUGAACAGAGUCUCAACAAACAACAUGAACAGAAGACACAUUUGUUGCCUAUUAUUGGGUCUCAUGGUGUCAAUGUAGUGCCCUCACAGACUACUACAGCAGAAGGUGCAGUGGCUUCUCGGGUCUACUCAGUGUUAAUUGGAAACCGGGAGUGGAUGAUGCGCAAUGGUUUACAUGUUGGAAGUGAUGUCAAUGAGGCCAUGACCAAUCAUGAAAUGAAAGGCCAAACAGCAAUUUUGGUGGCCAUUGAUGGUACGCUUUGUGGAAUGAUAGCAAUUGCGGAUACAGUCAAACCAGAAGCUGCACUGGCCGUGUGCACCUUGAACAGCAUGGGAGUGGAUGUGGUGCUCAUAACAGGUGACAACCACAAAACAGCAACAUCAAUUGCCAGCCAGGUUGGCAUCAAGAAGGUGUUUGCAGAAGUUCUUCCCUCACAUAAAGUAGCCAAAGUGCAGGAACUUCAGAAUCAGGGGAAAACUGUAGCAAUGGUUGGAGAUGGAGUGAAUGAUUCUCCAGCCCUGGCAAAAGCUGAUGUGGGAAUUGCUAUUGGAACCGGCACAGAUGUGGCUAUCGAAGCAGCAGAUGUUGUGCUUAUUAGAAAUGAUCUGCUGGAUGUCGUAGCUAGUAUUGAUUUGUCAAAAAAGACCGUUCGUCGAAUUCGAAUAAAUUUUAUUUUUGCUUUAUUUUAUAACCUGCUAGGAAUCCCUAUUGCUGCUGGAGUGUUUUUUCCAAUCGGCCUAGUUUUACAGCCCUGGAUGGGUUCUGCAGCAAUGGCUGCUUCCUCUGUUUCUGUAGUGGUUUCAUCGCUAUUGCUGAGACUCUACAAAAAACCAGAUAUAGAAAAGCUUGAAUCUCAAGCACAGGGUCGCAUGAAGCAAUUAACACCAUCACAAAUUAGUAUCCGUAUUGGAUUAGAUGACAGGCGACGAGAUUUGCCAAAGUCCAGUGCCUGGGAUCGAAUAAGACGUACUAGUCAAUUAUCUCUUAACUCUUUGACCUCUGACAAAUGAUCAAAUCGGAGUGUAUCUCUAAAGGAGGAACAUGAUAAAUGCUCUCUGCUGGUUGGAGAGCAAAAUGAAGAGUAUGGUAGCUAAGGUGCUGAUUAUGAAUUCAGAGAAUAUAUUUUUUAAAAAUGUGAACAAAUAGUGCCCUUCCAAUUUGAAGCUCAUUAAAUGUCCAACAGAAACAAAACAAGACUUUUGUUUGGUGCGCUCAGCGUAUAGCUGAAGACUAAAUUGCUUCAUUAAUGUCACCUUGCCUUGAACCAAAGGCGCCCAACCUUUCUCAGAUGGCACAUAAGUAAUGCUAGUGGCUUUAUUCUUUUGAAGUGUGUGUUGGGCAUCUUCACAAAACCUAACCAUUUACUAUGACUUUAAGAGUGAGAGAACAAAUAGUGAUUCUGUACAUUUCUCUAAUUCUGUUGUGCAAUAACAUGACAAAUUAUGAACAGAGUGAAUUCCAGCAAAUGAUACUUGAUGGAUACAUUGAAAUUUUGAAGGCUUGAUUUAAAAUUGAAAUAGAAAUGAGCAAUUUCUUAUGAAUGUUUAUAUCUUUCUAUCAUUAUCUAUUUGAAGUUGCCAGAUAGAAAAAGAUUGACCUGUUUGUUAAAACAACAGCCAAACCAGGCAACUCUGCCUCAGUAGUUAACACUCAAAACUGGUGUGCUACAUUUUGAUCUAAGUCAAGCUCAUCGAUAAAGAUGAAAACACUGACUCUCAGUCUGCUUUUUACCAAUUAAUAUGUGCCUCUUAUUGGUUAGUUCCAGGCUGAAGAUCAGAAAAGAAUAUUGCAAUUUUCUCAGCAUUCCUUUAAAAAAAACACAAAACAAACAAUUGAAGGAUAAUUUAGAAUAAAGGAAUAGUGUACUUCUGAAUGUGAUAUUGAUGAUAUUUUUGAUUUCAUCAUGAAUUUUUAACAUCAACCAUGUAUGCAUGUUGCAUCAGAGCCUGACCUGCAAAGGAAUGCUGUUAGAAGUGUUAACAAUGCAGUUAAAACAUUUGUGUUGCCGCAAACACAAACUUCCUCAAAGCUAUUUAAAUUUGAGUUUCAGAAUAGAUAGCGUUCCAAAAUCAUACUGAGCAGGAGGAGCCUUACUACGUGAUGUGUGUAUUCAUAUAUUAUGAUAAUAGUGACAUGCUCUGUUGCCAUGUAUUCACGAUAUAUUUUUCUUUCCAGCAGUAUUAUAGGUGCAGUAUUAUAGUCAGGUUUGUUAUUCAAGGUAAUCAUAUUAAAAUGAGGUACAGAUGCAACUGUCAAUGAAUGGAUAAACCUUGAAGUCAUCUGGUAUAUGCCUUAAAAUAUAUCAGUAGCAGAUAUUGAUUUUCCAGUUAUAAGUUGAUUAAAGCUAUUUAUUGGUGGAGCAUGAAUUGCUUUGAUAAAAAUAAAUCCAGUUUUAUACAUGCUGUAUUUUUGUUGUGCAACUGACAUUUUGUUCCAUUUUUGUAAUCACGAAAGUUCCUUCUUAACAGGUAAUGAAUAUUGAGUUUUUAGGGAUGCAUCAAAAACAAUGUAAGCAGUUCAUCUCCAAAGAUCAUUGUUAUUUUCUAGCUUAUGCAGAUUUUUGAAAUAAAGCAUUUUAUUUAGGAUUGAUUUGAUAGAUUGAUGUAUAAGAGUUUGAGUGGUGCAGUCUUUAUGGGAAUAUUAACGUGAAAAUUGUUGUUGUUACUCUGUCUUUAUGUUCAAGCUGACAUAAUGAAUUAGAUAUAAGAACCUUGGAGUGGGGGAGGGUAAUAAAACUUAUGAAAUGUUAUGCUCCAACAGCUUUUAAAAAUAUUAAUUGCCAUGUAAAAUCUGAAUGAUAAAAUUUCAUCUAUGUAUGAAAUGCACGCCAUCUUUUCGCAAUUACAGUUUUAGUUAAAAAAAAGCCAGCGGUGCCCUAGUCACACUUACAUACAUUAGAUAAAAGGCAUAAUAUAUAUAACUGCAACUAACAUAGUAAGUUUUAUAGUAAAUAGAAACAACAUAGUAUAACAUCCCAAGACACUUCACAGGAACACUACAAAACAAAAUAUGACACAUGAGAUAUUAGGGCAGCUGAUCAAAAGCUUGAUCAAAGAGGUAGGUUUUAAGGAGAAAGAGGUGGAGAAAUUUAGGUGGGAGGGAAUUCCAGAGUUUAGGACCUAGGCAUCUGAAGUCACAGCUACCAAGGUUGGAGCAAUUAAAAUCGAGAAUGCUCAAGAGGCUAGAAUUAGAAGAGCACAAAUAUUUCUGAGGGUUGUAGGCUGGAGGAGAUUACAGAGAUAGGGUGAUGUGAAACCAAGGAUGGAUUUGAAAACAAGAAUGAGAAUUUUUAAGUUGAGCUAGUGCUUAACCUGGAACCAAUGUAGGUCAGCAAGCACAGGGGUGAUUUGUGAGGCAGCAAAGCUUUGGAUAACCUCAAGUUUACGGAGGGUCGAACAUGGGAGGCUGGCCAGUAGUGUGUUAGAAUAGUCAAGUCUGGGGGUAACAAAGGCAAGAAAACAUUUGCUGUCUUUAGCACUGCUACAAAGAUUAGUUCAAAAUAUUUGGCAGAUUUUGUGGUUAAACAUGGAGAAACAUUUACUCAUUGUCUGUUUAAUGUUUCUUUUCAUCUAAUUAUAUGUACCAGAUAUGGCUAUGACAUGUAAAUAUAGUAAAUUAAAAAUAGUGGAAACAAA